AUGUGCAAUUCAGAUGAGCAUCCAUCAGAUGUCCUGGACAUCGCACCAAUAAGCCACGAUGAAGAGCCUUUCCCCUGGCACUUGGGCGUAUACGAUGCUCAUUGUCAUCCAACUGAUGUUAUGGGACAAGUUCCUGAAAUUCCGGGGAUGAAAGCUAGGGUAUUGACGGUUAUGGGCACAAGAGGGGAGGAUCAGGAACUGGUUGCCCAAGUCGCUAACACAUAUGGCGUAAAGCCAUCCUCGGCACUGGAAAACCUGUCAACAGAAGAAUGUAUGAUACCUUGUUUUGGCUGGCAUCCGUGGUUUUCGCAUCAAAUGUAUGACGAUACUCUAUCAGAACCAAGCAAUCUAAAUUCAGAAGCCUUCAACAGAAUACAUUACCAAUCCGUCUUGACACCUAGACCGGAAGAUGCGGACUUUCUCGAGUGCCUACCCCAGCCACGGUCUUUGAAGGCAUUUUUAUUGGAAACCAAGAAUUAUCUGGAGAAAUACCCUCUCGCACUAGUCGGAGAAAUAGGGCUGGAUAAAGGUUUCCGUCUUCCUGGACCAUGGACACCAGAACUCCUGGCCUCGAGGGAUACCACCCUCACGCUCGGAGGACGAGAAGGGCGACCUCUCACACCUUACCGAGUGUCCAUGGACCAUCAGAAGUCGAUUCUGAAGGCGCAGUUGAAGCUAGCUGGGGAAAUGAACCGGGCGGUUUCUGUUCAUGGUGUGCAAGCUCAUGGCUUCCUCUUCGAUACUCUGAAAGAAAGCUGGAAAGGCCAUGAAGUCGAAGUACUGAGCAAGAGGGAGAGAAGAAAGACUGCGGGCAUGCCAGAUCAUGUCGAGGAAGAUGAAGACCAGACAAUCUCUAAAGCGGAGAUUGGAAAACCAUUCCCUCCAAGGAUAUGUCUACACUCUUACUCGGGCCCUCCGGAAACAUUGAAACAAUACUAUCAUCCUUCAACGCCUGCAGACAUUUACUUUUCCUUUUCUGAGGUCAUCAAUAUGGCGCCAUCAACGAGUGCAAAAUCUAUUGAAGUCUUGAAGUUGGUUCCCGAGGAGAUGAUCUUGGUGGAAAGUGAUUUGCAUAUGGCAGGUAGUGUUAUGGAUGGAAAAUUAGAAAUAAUGGUUAGAAGGAUUUGUGAGGUUGAGGAAUGGUCAUUGGAGGAUGGCGUAAAAAGGUUGGGGGCAAAUUGGAAGCGGUUUGUGUUUGGUUGA